CCUUUUAGCCGCCGCUGCGAGUUAAACACGUUGCAAUUUGCAAUUUGUUGACCAAUCCGUAUUUUUCAUUUAAAAAUUUAGCGAAUUUGUGGAUUGCACACGCAAACAGUUCAAAAUGGCAAAUGUGGAGCGCAAAGGCACCUUCAAGGUGGAAUAUCUGCAGAAAAUCGAACAGGAGGUGCAACAGCGCUGGGAGGUGGAGCGUGUGCACGAAACGGAUGCGCCGACAGCGCCCAAAAAGCGACAGGCUGAAAAGUUCUUUGUCACAUUUCCGUUUCCGUAUAUGAAUGGGCGGCUGCACUUGGGCCACACAUUCUCCUUAACCAAGGCGGAGUUUGCGGUGCGCUACCACCGCCUCAAGGGACGUCGUGUGCUGUGGCCCUUCGGUUUCCAUUGCACGGGGAUGCCGAUUAAGGCGUGCGCCGAUAAGCUUGCCCGUGAGAUGGAAAUGUUUGGCUGUCCCCCCAAGUUUCCGGCGCAGCAGGAAGAGGCGCCCGCAGAGACCGAGUCGCAGUCCGAGGUGCCCAAGGACAAGGCGAAGGGCAAGAAGAGCAAGGCCGUGGCCAAAGCUGGCACUGCCAAAUACCAAUGGCAGAUCAUGCAGAGCCUGGGCCUGCAGGAUGAGGACAUCAAGCAGUUUGCUAAUGCCGAGCAUUGGCUUGACUACUUCCCACCGCUGGCGCGUGACGAUCUGAAGCGCGUCGGUGUCCACGUCGACUGGCGUCGAACAUUCAUAACCACAGAUGCCAAUCCCUAUUUUGACUCGUUUGUCCGCUGGCAGUUCAAUCAUUUGAAGCAUCGCGGCAAGAUAAUGUAUGGCAAGCGGUAUACUAUCUAUUCACCCAAGGAUGGACAGCCCUGCAUGGAUCACGAUCGCUCCACUGGUGAAGGCGUGGGUCCCCAGGAGUACACGCUCAUCAAGAUGAAAGUGCUGCAGUCACCUAAGGCUCUGAGUUCCAUCAAAACGCCUAUUUAUAUGGUGGCUGCAACUUUGCGUCCGGAGACGAUGUAUGGCCAAACCAAUUGCUGGCUGCAUCCGGACAUUAAGUACAUCGCUUGGCAGACUACACGGGAUAACGAGGUAUGGAUAAGCACGCGUCGUGCUGCUCGCAACAUGGCCUAUCAGGGAUUCACUGCGGAGGAGGGCAACAUUGUUGUGCUGGCCGAGUUAACGGGCCAAGAGCUGUUGGGUGUGCCGUUAUCGGCACCGUUGACCGCACACAAAAUAAUUUAUACACUGCCCAUGCUAAGCAUUAAGUCGGAUAAGGGUACGGGGGUGGUGACUUCAGUGCCAUCGGAUUCGCCCGAUGAUUAUGCCGCCCUCGUGGAUUUGCAGAAGAAGGAGGCAUUCCGUCAAAAGUACGGACUGAAAGAUGAGAUGGUGCUUCCGUAUGAGCCCAUGCCCAUCAUCGAAGUGCCCACGCUGGGCAAUUUAUCUGCGGUGCAUGCCUACGACACGCUAAAGAUUCAGUCGCAAAACGACAAGGACAAACUGGCAGAAGCCAAGGAUAUGUGCUACCUGAAAAGCUUCUAUGAUGGAGUCAUGCUGGUGGGCGAGUUUUCAGGACGCAAAAUCCAGGACAUCAAGAAGAAUUUGCAAAAUCGUCUUAUCGAUGCCAAGGAUGCGGAUAUUUACUAUGAACCCGAGAAAACGAUUAUGUCACGCUCAGCGGAUGAGUGCGUGGUUGCGCUGUGCAACCAAUGGUAUCUCAACUACGGCGAACCCGAAUGGCAGGCACAGGCCAGUAAAAUACUGCAGGACAUGGAAACGUUUCAUGAUGAGGCGCGCAACAAUUUUGAUGCCUGCCUGAAUUGGUUGCACGAGUACGCCUGCUCACGCACCUACGGCCUGGGCACUAAGCUGCCCUGGGACGAGCAGUGGCUCAUCGAAUCCCUGUCGGACUCAACCAUAUAUAUGGCUUUCUACACUGUCAGCCAUUUGCUCCAAGGCGGCACAUUCCGCGGCGAGAAGCCCGGGCCAUUCGGCAUCAAACCCGCUGAUAUGACCGCCGAAGUCUGGGACUAUAUAUUCUUUAAGGAGACACCGCUGCCCAAGAAGUCAAGCAUCAAACCAGAGUAUUUGGCUGUGAUGCGACGUGAGUUUGAGUACUGGUAUCCAAUGGACUUGCGUGUGUCGGGCAAGGAUUUGAUACAGAACCACUUGACGUUCUGCUUGUAUAAUCACGCUGCCAUUUGGCCCAACGAUGAUACGAAGUGGCCCAAGGGUAUGCGUGUCAAUGGCUUGUUGAUGCUCAACUCGAUGAAGAUGUCCAAAUCGGAUGGUAAUUUCCUAACGCUACACGAGGCUAUCGAAAAAUUCUCGGCCGAUGGAAUGCGUCUUGCCAUGGCUGAUGCUGGCGACAGCAUUGAGGAUGCCAAUUUCGUGGAGAGCACAGCGGAUGCGGGCAUUCUCCGGUUGUAUACGUUCAUUGAGUGGGUCAAGGAGAUGCUGGCCACACGCAACAGCUUGCGCAGCGAUGCGACCAAAACCUUCAAUGAUCAAGUCUUCCUCAGUGAACUGAAUCUGAAGACACAGCAGACGGAUGAGAACUAUCGUCGCAUGCUGUUCAAGGAGGCGCUGCGCAGUGGAUUCUAUGAGCUGCAGCUGGCGCGCGACAAGUACCGUGAACUCUGUGGCGCUAAGGGCAUGCAUGUGGAUCUAGUCAUGGAGUUCAUACGUCGCCAGGCGCUGCUAGUGGCACCAAUUUGUCCGCACACAGCGGAACACGUCUGGGGAUUGCUGGGCAACAAGCAGUCCAUUGUGCACGUCCAUUGGCCCGAGGUCGGGGCCAUCAAUGAGCAGGAUAUUAUGUGCUCCGACUAUUUGAUGGAAUCGGCUCACUCCUUCCGCCUCAACCUUAAGAAUAUGCUGCAAGUUAAAGGCAAGGGUGGCAAAGAGAAAGCUGUGGACUUGGCACAGACUGCCAAACCCAAUCGUGGUCUGGUUUGGGUGGCCAAAACAUAUCCGCCCUGGCAGUGUUGCGUUCUAGACACAAUGCGUGCGCUGUACAACAAGGAUAGUAAAUCACUGCCCGAUAACAAAAUCAUCGCAGCAACGCUGCAGCAGAAGGCCGAGCUGAAGAAGUUCAUGAAGCGUGUGAUGCCAUUUGCACAAAUGAUACGCGAGAAGGUGGAGACGGGCGGCAAGGGAGUCGCCGCACUGGCUGUCACGCUGGAGUUCGAUGAGGGUCAGGUGCUGAUGAACAAUCUGGAAUAUCUGAAGAACACAUUGGAUCUGGACAAUCUGGAAAUCAAAUAUACUGACGAUCCCUCGGCGCCCGAAAAGACACGCGAAGAGGUGCGUCCUGGCUCGCCCUUUAUCUGCUUCAGCGUUGCGCCGCAUGUCAGCGUCGAGCUGGUCAAUCCCACAGAGCGCUCUUCACUUUUCCAGGUGAACACCAUCAUAUCCGAGGGUGACACUGUUGAGUCGCUGCGCGAAAAGCUGGCCAAGAUUUUAAACCUGAAAUCAGACGUGUCUACGCUGCAAAUCUGGCGCUAUGAGGAUCCUCUGUUGGGUCCACGCAAGGUGCCCACGUUCCAGGACUACAAGACUGGCAAAGCUCAGCUCACCGAAGGCAAUUUUGUUAUCGAUGUGGCGGCGAAGCGAGUGAGCGUCAAUCAGGCGGGCAAACUGACCGAACUGGGGCGCAAUCUGAUCUAUGUGGUAGAAUAGAGUACGACAUCUUAGCUCAAAUUAAUUUAUUCAUUAACUCUGAACUUGGAACUUUGUACAACAACGUUGUAAAACAAUUGGGAGCUAUUAAAAUAACAGAAAUACACAGAAACCAAACCUGAAAGUGGAUGCAAACGA